AUGUCAACACCUCCACCGAUACCACCAUCAUCAUCAAUCGAUAUAGUACACGAUGAAAAUUCAUCACCUAUUAAAAUAGAAAGAGAUGAAGACGGACCUAAUGGUAAUGGGAGCUCAGAUCCAUCUAAAAGACAUAAACCUGGCCCUGUAGCGGGUAAGAAACCAAGUGCUGAAGUCUUGCAACGUCGUAAAGAAGGUAGAAUUAAAGCAGCAGCUACUAUAGCUCAAAAUUUAAAAAAGACAGGGAUAGGAAGAUUUGAAGAACAAAAUGGAUUUGGAUUAACUAGUGUUAAGACCAUUCCAUUGAUUAAUCAAAAGAAUUAUUAUACAGAAUAUUUAAAAAAGGAUGAACAAGUUUCAUUUGUCAGAAAUUGGAGAGCUGAAAAAUUACAACAACAGAAUUUAAAAAAUCUUAAAAAGGCCGAAAGUCAAAACCAAACCAAUACUAAUGGAUCUAAUAAUGGUAAUGAUGUUAAAAACUUUGAUGAUUUCGAUCUUAAUAAUAUUGAGGUUGAAAUGAAUAAAAAGAAAGCAUCAGCUGCCGCAGCAGCAACAGCUGAUGAUGACGAAGAUGAAGAUGAUGAAGAAGAAAAUGAAAAUGAAGAAGUCACUGAAGAAAAAGCCAAAAUUGGUCAUGAUGUUAUAAUAAUACACCCUGGUUCAUCAUUUAUAAGGAUUGGUAGAGGUACAGAUGCCGUUCCACAAACCAUCCCUACCAUUAUUGCAGUUCCAACUCAUGAAAAGACUAUAUCAAAUGAACCUAAACCAAUUCGUCAAUAUCGAGAAAAUGCCAAAGAUGGAGAUGAAAAGGAAAUCUUCUUUGGACCAGAAUUUGAUGAAAUAAAAGGUGUGGUAACUAAAGAUUUCAGAGCCAGAAUGAGAUAUUAUAAACGUAGAAUUUUACCAAAUUCACGGGAAACAGUAGCAAAUUAUAAUAAAAAGCAAGAACUGGAAAGAAUACCAGAUCAUAAUGAUCCUUAUAAAAAGGAAUGGCAUGAUUUAAGAAGUAGAGAGUUUUCCAAUAAGAAAUUUUUUGUUGGAGAGGAUGCAUUAAAAUUACCUUUAAAUUCAAAGAAACAUUCAAGUAAUUGGAAAUUAAGAUAUCCUAUUGUUAAUGGUAAUUUUAAUAAAGAAUCUACUGAUUAUGAAUCUCCACAAGAAAUUUUAGGAGAUUUAGCUAAUAUUAUCAUUGAAUCAUUAAGACAAAAUGAUAUUAAAAAUCUAUUAAAUUUGAAAGUAAUGUUAAUUAUUCCUGAUUUAUAUGAUAAAAUUUAUGUUGAAACUUGGUGUGAAAUCUUAUUUAAAUUUGUGGGAUUUGGUCGUGUUGGAAUCAUUCAAGAAUCAGUAGCCGCUACAUUUGGAGCCGGAGCUACUACGGCAUGUGUUAUAGAUGUUGGAUCUCAAACUACUUCCAUUAGUUGUGUUGAUGAAGGAAUGAUUAUUAAUGAUUCUCGUAUCUUGAUGAAUUAUGGUGGAGAUCAAAUCACAGAAUGUUUUAUUAAAUUAUUAUUGGAAAGUUCAUUUCCUUAUAAGAAUAUCGAUUUAAGUAGUAGAAUUGAUGAUUGGGAAUUAGCCAAUGAUUUAAAACAUAAUUUCGUUACAUUUCAAGAUGCAGAUAUUGCUGUUCAAUUAUAUAAUUUCUAUAAACGGAAACCAUUUGAAAUGACAGAAAAGUUUGAAUUUAAAGUGUUUGAUGAAGUUAUGUUAGCACCAUUAGGAUUAUUUUAUCCUCAAUUUUUCCAACCUGAUAAGUUAUCAAUCAAAAAAAGAAGACAAUUAUUCCCUCCUGCUACUGAUCAAUAUAAUGGGAAAUUAAAUAAUCCCACUUCCAGAUCUCAACAAAUUUUAAAAUCUAAAUUAUCAUACUCAGAUUUAACUGAUGAAGACUUAGUAUUAAAAUUAUGUAAAGAGAAAAAGAAUGAUGAAGUUGCCACUGGUGGUCCAAAUGCAGGUAAUAGUAAUCUCAAUAAUAAUAAUAAAAAUACUGAAGAUGAUUCAGGUCCUAUCGUUCUUAAUGAAAUUCCAUUAGAGAAAGCUAUUAUUGAAUCAAUCACAAAUGCAGGUUUGACUACUGAUUUAGGUAAGAUUAAAAGAUUUUAUGAUAAUUUAUUGAUUGUAGGAGGAGGAUUUGGGAAGAUUAAUGGAUUUGAUUUAAUUUUAAAUGAUAGAAUUAAUAUCUGGAGACCAAAGAUUUUAAGUAAUUCAAAUUUAGAUAGUAUAAUUGAAUUUAACAAAAAGAAGAAGAAGAAGAGAAAUCCCAACCUCAAGAAAAUGGCGAUGAAGAAUCAACUAAACCAGAAGAACCCGAAGAUGGAACCAAAUCUAGACGAUAUAACCCUUACCGAAGAAGAUCUUGCCGAUAUCAACAAACGAGCCAGUCUUAAGAUCAAUUUCGAUGUAAUUGAUGAAUUGUAUGAUCAAGGGACAAUCUUACCUAUUAAUAUUUUACCACCCCCAAGAGAAUUUGAUCCUGAAAUGUUAACUUGGAAAGGUGGAAGUGUAUAUGGAAGAUUAAAAGUGGUUAAUGAAAUGUGGAUUACUCAAAAUGAUUGGGAUUUAUUACAAAGUAGAUGUUUGUAUUAUAAAAGUUUAUUUAAUUAUUAAAAAAGAAAAACGGAUA